AUGGUCUCGUCAACAUGCGAGGGCAAGCUGCCAGUUGCUUGGGCGCCUCCCACGCCAGAUUCGCUGCUUGUACCAGUCCAGCAUUCUGCCGACUCACCGCCUGAGCUAGAUUUAGACGCUGCUGCACACGCCAAGCAACCUGCGUCAACAGCACAACCGAGCGAUGCAAGAGCCCUGCCGACGCAACACCUACAGUCUCGAGCGUCAACGCAUCACGCUCGAGGCUCAUCGGUCUCCAUCGAUAGCCUUCUCAAUCCGCAAAUAGACUCAAAGAUAGACAACGCUACUUUCAGCUUUGCCUCCGAGCCCGAUAGACCGGCAAAGCGAGCUUCAGAGGAGCAAGAGCUCUCGCCUAUCGCGCUCAAGACCGCUCGACGUAAUCACGAGUAUGGCUGGUCUCGCACGCCGUCCAUUCGCAAAGCCGCCGUGAAAGCCAAAGAGGCGGUCUGGCAGGCCACACUAGAGAACAGCACGGCUUCGUCCGAGUCAGACGUUGCGCCUCGUGCGGAGGAUCUCUACGUGCCAGCCGCGGCCGAGCUUGUCAGCAACAAUCCUCAAAAAGGCCGUCGUGCGCCUCUUCGGUCGGAUAGCGGCAAGACGGCGGCGAACAGCAAGACAAGUCGCAAGAUCUCACAUUCGCUUAUCGAGCGCAGGCGGCGUGAGAAGAUCAAUGACUGUCUGCAAUCGCUUGCCCAUCUCGUACCGGAAUGUCGAGCACAGGUCUCGCAGCACACAAGCAAGGCACGCGAACGAGCACCCAAGACAUCCUGUGCUCGUUCUGACGAGCCUGCGCCAAGGGCAAUGCCUAUCGAAAAGCUAUCGGUCUUGCAAGGCACGCUGACGUACAUUCACCGUCUGCAUGACCGCGUACGCGCACUCGAACAGCGAUGCGGUCUGCCCCUCACUGCGACUCCAAGAUUGCACGACGCGACAGAAGAGGAUGAGGAAGACGAAGUGGACGAAGAAGGAGAGACCGUAGAGGGAGAUUCCGUAGAGGAUGCUGCGUCACUUUUGCUUGCGUUCGCAGAGCGGCCACUGGUUGCGAAAUCGAGAUAG